CACACCAUGCUCCCCUCCCCUCUCCCCAACCAGGCUGGUUUCUGUCAAACACAGUCCCCUACUACUAUUACUAAUCUACAAACAAAGACACUUCUACUUUCUUUCUUCUGACACUUCCUCUCUCAUAUUAUCUCUUUUUUCCUGCAAACAUUUCAAAGAUUGGACGACAAUUUCAUCAGUGUAUUCAGUAUAUAUACACACCACGUCCCCCUCCCCCCACACCAAGUAUAUAUCUAUAUACAGAGAGAGAAAGAGCUGCAGAAAUCUUUGAGAUUUGUGUCUAUGGCUAGCAUAGGGGAAGUUAAUUCAAAGGCGGCGACAAAUUUAAGACUCAACCAAUUUUCUCUGCAUGUGGGGUUGGUUUAAUUUUUAGCUUUUUUUAUUUUAUUUUUAGCAUACUAGUAGUAAAUGGUGGAGUAUCAAAAUCAUGAAUGUGUUUAUUAUGGGAAUUGAAGUUGUGUGGCUCAAGAAUCGAGGUAGUUGUGGGAACAAAAUCAAGAUUAUGCUCUGUUAGUUAUCAGUUUGUUUUUUUCUGCUUGUUUUGGAGUUUAGAAUAUGCUUCUUCUCUGGAAAUAUUCUUCUUCUUGAGUCAUAAAAAUGAAAGUUUUAGAAUUUCUUGGAUUAGUUAGUUGUGUCUAAAGUUGGAGUCUUUUAGCAGAGAUUUUUGGUUUUAUUUAUUGAGGAGAAAAAAAAUAUGAAGUUCAUGAAGUUGGGAUCAAAACCUGAUACAUUUCAAGAUCAAGGAAAAGGUGUAAGGUACGUGUCAUCCGAAUUGGCAACAGAUGUUACCGUCAUUAUUGGUGAAGUGAAGUUUUAUCUUCACAAGUUUCCUCUGUUGUCCAAGAGCAACAAGCUGCAAAGGCUUGUUUCAAAAGCAAAUGAAGAGGAUUCUGAUGAAAUUCAGUUAGUUGAUUUUCCUGGUGGACCUAAAGCUUUUGAGAUUUGCGCCAAAUUUUGCUACGGAAUGACAGUGACUCUCAAUCCUUACAAUGUUGUUGCUGCCCGUUGUGCGGCUGAGUACCUUGAGAUGACUGAAGACGUUGACAGAGGAAAUCUUAUAUUCAAAAUCGAGGUAUUCCUCAAUUCCAGUGUUUUCCGCAGCUGGAAAGAUUCGAUCAUUGUUUUACAAACCACCAAAUCUCUUCUACCGUGGUCUGAAGAUCUGAAGGUGGUCGGGAGAUGUAUAGAUUCUAUUGCAUCCAAAACUUCAAUGGAUCCGUCGACUAUUACAUGGUCCUAUACUUAUAACAGAAAAGUAGCAGUCUCAGAUAAGAUCACUGAAGUUGGGAUAAAAUUCCCUGUGAACCUUGAAUCCGUGCCAAAGGAUUGGUGGGUUGAAGAUAUAUGUGAACUUGAGAUAGAUCUUUACAAGCGAGUUAUGAUUGCGGUUAAAUCCAAGGGAAGAAUGGAUGGUAGUGUUAUUGGUGAGGCGUUAAGAACUUAUGCAAUGAGAUGGUUGCCUGAUUCUAUUGAAGCUUUGGUGUCUGAAGCUCACAGUAGGAGGAACAAGUCUUUGUUAGAAACAAUAAUUUGCUUAUUGCCUUCUGACAAGAGCGUUAGUUGUUCAUGUAGCUUCUUGCUUAAGUUAUUGAAAGUCGCUAUUCUUGUGGGAGCGGAUGAUUCAUCACGGGACGAUCUUAUAAGAAGUAUCAGUUUAAAGCUGGACGAGGCUUCUGUCAAGGAUCUUUUGAUUCCAUCAAGGUCUCCUCAAACUACUGUUUACGAUGUUGAACUAGUGAAGUGCCUAGUGGACCGAUUCAUGACUCGUGAAAGAAGCAAUCGGGAUAAGAACAUUUCCGCGAAGAACAACAAUGAUUUCGUCUUGGGGCAUGGAUCAUGGUUGAAAGUCGGUAAAUUAGUUGAUGGCUAUCUUGCAGAAAUUGCUCGUGACCCAAACGUCAGUCUCUCGAGUUUCAUUGAACUGUUGCAAUCCGUUCCAGACUCAGCAAGACCGAUACAUGAUGCAUUAUAUGGGGCAAUUGAUAUCUAUCUGCAGGAGCACUCAAGUUUGACAAAAGCUGAGAAAAAGCAUUUAUGUGGCCUAAUGGAUGUGAGGAAAUUAACAAUGGAUGCAUCUAUGCAUGCAGCACAAAAUGAACGGCUGCCUCUCCGGACUGUCGUUCAAGUCCUUUUCUUUGAGCAAAUUAGAGCAGCUGUUGGAGUUCAAGCCUUAAGCAACAGAAACAGUAAUGCCUUAGAUUCCACUAGGAAGACUGAAGAAUAUUGGCAGAAAUCAUUGCCAGAAAAACACAAUGUAUCGAAACCAUCGAGUGUAAUGAAGGUUAAAGAUGAAGAUCCACAAAAGAACAUGAAGUUGGUUAAAAAGGGUAGUAAAAACAGAAGUAGUGGUGCGCAAUUGCUGCCUUCAAGAUCAAGGAGGAUAUUUGACAAGCUGUUUGUUGUUGGUAAGGUGUCUGGUAACGUCGAAAACCGGAGCUCUGAGACAUCUGCUAGUUCUCAGAGUCCAACUUCAAUGAUUAUUCAAGGAGAAAUUAAAUCUUCUGGUUCAUCUUCAAGAAACAGGAGGCAUUCAAUUUCAUAAGAAAUCCUUGUAGAUUCAUGUAGUCUUAAGAUCCUUUGUGUAAGAAUCCAAUUUGUGUAAAAAGUGGUAAGCUUCUAGUUGCAGUAGUUAAGGUGUUUAAUCAUAAUAGUAGUAAAGAGCUUUGCAAAAUAACAUAUAUUUCUUGGAUG